AUGGGUCGCAUCAAGGACAACUUUGGCAUCCUCUACUUCGGGGUAGCUGCGGCCCUGUAUUUCAAGCCAGAGUAUGCCAUUCGGAACUCGAGCAUUGCAACUUUCGCGGUUUUGUUUGCGAUCAUCACAGUAUCGAAGAUCAUCUAUCAACUUAUACUAUAUCCCCAAUACUUCACGCCGUUGAAAGACAUUGAAACACCGCCGGUUCGACACUGGCUUACCGGCAACACAUCGUCGAUGUUUCUGCACACGCCGUAUGCACAAAUCCAGGAGUGGAUCAAGAGUGUCCCCAACGAAGGAUUGAUCCGAUAUUACAUUGUUGGAAACAUGGAGCGAGUGAUACCGUUGAGUGCCAAAGCACUGAGCGAGAUUCUUGUUACCAAAGUGUACGAUUUCGAGAAGCCCGAGGCAGUGCGAGCUAGUCUGGAGCGGAUCACUGGGAAUGGAGUCCUGCUCGCCGAGGGCGAAGACCACAAGCAGAUUCAACGCAAAAACCUCAUGCCGGCAUUCUCCUACCGCCACAUCAAGGAUCUAUACCCAGUGUUCUGGUCUAAGAGCGCGGAGAUGGUUCGACUCAUCGAACGAGAUCUAGCGAUCAGGAACUCUCCCGACAACACCAUCCAAGUGCGCAACUACUCCAGUCGCACGACACUCGACAUUAUCGGAGUGGCGGGCAUGGACCACGAUUUCGACUCACUCCGCAACCCAGACAACAUGCUCAACCGGGCAUACAGGAAGAUCAUCGCCCCGCCAUCUUUUUUGUCCCGGAUCCUCCUCGUGGCCGUCAUGCUCUUCGCCAAUCCAAAGCUUGUUCAGCGCCUGCCCACGCAGCGCAAUAAAGAGAUCCAAGAAGGCGGAGACGACAUCCGCAACGUAGCACGGCAGAUGAUCCGCCAGAAGAAGGCCAAGAUGGCAGACCCCGGUGCAAAGACCGGCGUCGACAUUAUCUCCGUGGCCCUGCAAAGUGGCACUUUCGAAGAAGAGAACCUUGUCGACCAACUCAUGACAUUCCUAGGCGCCGGCCAUGAAACAACCUCGGGGGCCCUCCAAUGGGCCGUCUACGCCCUCUGCAAACACCCAGGGAUCCAAACCCGCCUCCGGGAAGAGGUGCGCGCACAUCUCCCAUCAAUUUCAACCGCAGACCCCAUCUCCGCAGCCGCAAUCGACAACCUCCCCUACCUCCACGCCGUCUGCAACGAGGUCCUGCGCUUUUACCCCUCCGUACCCACCACCAUCCGCAAAGCAGCGCGCGACACCACGCUCGUGGGCAAGCACAUCCCCAAGGGCACGUUCUUGAUUAUCUCCCCGAAGACUCUCAACCACAUGGAAGAGCUGUGGGGGGCCGAUGCCGGCCAGUUCAACCCGGACCGGUUCAUGAGUCCUGGGAAUGCCAACAUGGGCGGCGCGACCAGCAACUAUGCGUUUCUGUCGUUUUUGCAUGGCCCGCGCGGGUGCAUUGGCCAGGGCUUUGCGAGGGCCGAGCUGGCUUGUCUACUCGCAGCUACUGUUGGCCACUUUCACAUGGAGUUGAAGUACCCGGAUGCUCCGUUGGAGCUUAUGGAGGGUGCGACGGUCUCUCCGAAGGAUGGGGUUCUUGCUAGGUUUACUCCGCUGGAGGGAUGGUAG